UUUGUUUUUAAACCUCAAAAUUUCAGAGCAUCCCCUAUUCUGUUCGUAAAAUUCUUUAACUCCAAAAAUUUCAGAGCUUUUCUCUUCUCUUUCAUCUUCUCUCUUCUCGCUCUCUCAUGGACUCUCUGCUCGCUAACUACGCCUCUUCUGACGAAGAAGAAGAUCAACAACGGCCUCCCAAACCCGCAGCUUUGCCCUCAAAACCCAGCUCUGAACCUUCUUCCUCUUCCUCUCUCUUUUCUUCUCUACCCAAACCCAAACCCCAAACUUCCUCUCUUUUCCAGUCCCUUCCCCAACCGAAACAAACCCAAACUAAACCAUCAAAUCUUCGUCAUGAUGAUGACGACGAUGAUGAAGACCAAGAUUCAAAACCCACCUCCAAACCCUUGUUCUCUACGCUUCCUCCGCCCAAAUCCCAAAUCCCAAAUCAACCCAUUACCAAUAUCUCAUCCUCAGACCGAAACCCUAAAAGGGUCGUCCAAUUCAAGCCUCCCAUUAGCUCCUAUUCGAUGAAGUCGUCCCAAUUGGACGACGAAGAUGACGAUGAUGAUGAAGAAGAAGAAAGGCGAAGGCGAAAGGCGUCUGAAUCCUCCUCUCAAACAUCGUCCGGGAAGUUCAUAUUUUCUCUUCCAGCGCCUAGGUACUCCGCCACAUUGGGUGCGAGUUCGGGUUUGGGUUCGGGCCGAAGAGCCAUUCUUGAAACGGAAUCAGUUGGUUCUAAAGUGAAGAGCGAUGCAGGGGUGGAUCAAAAUGUUGCUAAUCACCAAUCAAGUAUUGAUCAGAAUGCAGUUAACUAUGAAAGUUAUGGAGGUUAUGAGACUUACCAAUCUGGUAUUGAUCAAAAUGCAGUUAACUACGAAAGCUAUGGUGGUUAUGAGAGUUACCAAUCUGGCAUUGAUCAAAAUGUGGAUGUUGGGGUUCAAUUACAGGCAGGAAUUAGCGGUAGUGAUGCUUCAAAUUAUGGUAGUUAUGAUGUUUAUGGGAGUAAUGCUGGUUAUAGUGGUUAUGGGCAGUAUGGGAAUGAUUGGGUUGGUGGGUCUGAAACUGCAGCGCUGGCGAUUCCAGGAACAGAUGUAAGUGGGAUUAAAGUGAGUAAAAAGAGAGGGAGGAAUGAGGUGCCAACUGAAAUAGUUGAGGUUAAGCAGGACGAGUUGAUGAAGAAUCGGCCAAGGGAAGACCAGGCCAAGUCAACCGGAAUAGCUUUUGGGCCUUCUUAUCAGCCUGUUUCAACUAAAGGGAAGCCUACAAAGCUGCAUAAGAGGAAGCAUCAGAUUGGUUCUCUAUACUUUGAUAUGAGGCAGAAGGAGAUGGAACUUGCAGAGCGACGUUCAAAAGGCUUCCUCACAAAAGCUGAAACACAAGCCAAGUAUGGAUGGUGAUCCUGUGAUAAUUCUUUAUAUGUUGUACACUGAAACUGUAUUUCAAAAUAGUGACAUCAAAAAGGGGAAAAUUUCUCUUCGUAGUGCUGGCUCAAAGUUCUGUUCUUUCAAAAGAUUUGUAUCCAUCAUCAGAGUAUAAUCAUGUUUUCCUUUCAAAUUUUGUAUAACUUUGAUAUUUGGAUUUGUUUCGUGGGAAGCUAUUGAAUCCUAGGCUUCUGCUAGCUAAUCCUAUUUCUUCAAUAAUGGGAAGACCAAUUUCUUGGA